AUGGGGUGCAAAAGAAAUGUUCUAUUCCCGUCACCAAGAUUCAAAAAGAUGAUGUUUGGUGUGGCUUCACUUAGCUCAGUCACCAAUCAUGCCUCAAAUUAUGGCCCUUACACAGCUGAAGCAUUGGUGUUGGCAUCCUCAAACUUACAUGAAAAACCUCUGCACUUGUCAUGUGGGCUAUUAGUUUCUAAGGAUAAAUUCAUCCAGCCUCCAAGGAGACGUAAAGGGUCUUAUAUCGUCUCUGCUACUAGAAAUGGAAAUGAUGAACCUGAAAGCAGUGUGGGAGCUUAUGCUGCUGAUGAUCAAUCACUCAUCAUUUCAGAGAGUAGUAGGAACUCUACUGAAAAUGAUUCAGAGAAGGAAAUUAUUGCUUCUUCAGUAGACUUGGAUGACAAUCACUUGCAGCAUGCUCAAAAUCAAAUCUUGGGAAAUCAGGGAAAUCUUCUGGAUAAAUUAAAGGCUGUUCACAUGCAUGCUUUAGCAAUGGAACAGUGGAAUGCUUCCCGACUAAAACUAUGUCAUGGACGACAUGCUGUUAGUGCUGCAAACCUGAUACAUUAUUUGGCUCUUAAAAGCCUUGAUGUCGACCAACUAAAAGAUGAGCUGUCUUCUGUAGGCCUCCUGAACUUGGAAACAAUCAAUCCGUAUGUGAUUGCAGGCCUCUCCACAGGAAUCCAGCUGUUGGAAAAUCUAAAAUCCAACCAAUUGACAGCAAGUAUGAUGAGAAAAAGGGUAAAUUCUAACCGGGAUUUGCUUAUCGGUCCAGUUGAAGACAAAAGAAGUCAUAUCAUGGUGACAGUUGGUGAAGAAGCCAUAACCAAUGAAACGUUUAUCAAUGAUAUUCUCAAGGCAGGGACCACAGUCGUCCGUAUCAACUGUGCCCAUGGUGAUCCAAGUGUCUGGAGUGAGACAAUCAGAAAAGUGAAAAUAAACUCUCAGAUGCUUGAGAAACCAUGUAGGAUUCUCAUGGAUCUGGCUGGACCAAAGCUGCGAACAGGUAGAAUGAAAUCCGGUCCAUGUGUCAUCAAAAUAUCUCCAAAGAAGAACGCCUCUGGAAAUCUGAUCAAUGCUGCUCAGGUUUGGGUGGCACAAAAAGGCGCUGGCUCCCCACCUGCUCAUGUGUCUCCAGAUGUGGUCCUGUAUGUGGACGGACAACAGUUUCUUGAAAAGCUACAAGUUGGCGAUACUCUUAGAUUCCGUGAUGCUAGAGGCAAACAAAGGUCGCUCAAGAUUUCAAAUAAAUUCCCUGUUUUUAGUGGUGUUGGAUUCAUGGCUGAUUGUACAAACACUGCUUAUGUCGAGAAUGGAACAAAACUGUAUAUAAAAUUAAAAGGGAACAAGAAAAGGUCGUUGUUUGGAUCUGUGGUGGAUGUCCCUCCUACAGAGACAUUUGUUAGAUUGAGAGUUGGAGACCUGCUGGUCAUAUCACGAGAUAGCUCAGAAGAUUUUGAACAAACAAAGUUGACUUCUUCCAUGGUUGGUAGUGGGAGUCCUAGAGUGACUUGUUCCUCUGGGUAUCUGUUUGACUCGGUCAAACCUGGAGAGCCGAUUGCUUUUGAUGAUGGGAAAAUAUGGGGAGUGAUCAAAGGGACGAGUAUUUCAGAAAUAGUUGUUUCCAUCACCCGUGCUGGUCCACGGGGCACCAAACUUGGCCCAGAGAAAUCCAUCAACAUCCCCGAGAGUAAAAUUCAGUAUGAAGGUUUGACUUCCAAAGAUAUUAUUGAUCUUGACUUUGUUGGCGCCCAUGCUGACAUUGUUGGGAUUUCAUUUGUUCGGGAUGUUGAUGAUGUUAUUCUGGUUGGGCAAGAACUAAAGAAAAGGAAACUCGACAGAUUGGGAAUUGUUUUAAAGAUUGAAACCAAAGAUGGGCUUAAGAACUUGCCUCUCUUGCUUUUAGAGGCAAUGAAGCUAUCAAAUCCUUUGGGGGUUAUGAUUGCUAGAGGAGAUCUUGCAGUUGAGUGUGGGUGGGAGAUGAUGGGGGAUAUUCAGGAGGAAAUCCUAUCGAUAUGCAGCGCAGCACAUGUUCCUGUUAUUUGGGCGACACAGGUACUUGAGUCGCUCGUAAAGACCGGUGUGCCUACUAGAGCCGAAAUAACUGAUGUGGCGUGUGGCGCAAGGGCUAGUUGUAUAAUGUUGAACAAAGGGAAGCAUAUUCUGGAAGCUAUUGCGACUUUAGAUACCAUUUUAAAAGGCAGUUGUGCCAAGAAAAAUGUCAUGUCAUCUGCAUGCUUGCUUGAUUUUGAUAGCCAAAAAAGCUGUAUUAGCUUAUGUUGGAUUCACUCCAUUGAUGCAACUUCAUGCUUCACUUGA